UAGCUAUGACUAGAAUAUAUAAACAAGGCUAUUAUAUGAUCUACUGCAGGACAGUUUGUUUCGAUUUUUUCCACAUUCAAAUUUUAAAAGCCAUUACCGGUCUUAAAAGUCAUAACUGCUAUUCAAUCUUAAAAUGACGUAAAAUAUCUUGCCAAAAAAAAUGUAGGUCACAGAAAUUAAUCUUUAGACUUCAAUAAACGGUCCUUUUAUUUGUAAGAAAAAGAGGGUACAGUGAGCUAAACUUUGUAUCAUUGUUCAAGACCAUCAUUCAAAUUUCAUUGAUUGAAUUCAGAGUAGUCAUUUGAAGUUUUGAUUGUCGUUGAAAAAAAAUAUUAAUACAUUCCUGAGCUUGAUAUCACAGACCCUUAAUAUAUAAUAGAACUAUUUCGAUAUAUCGACAAUUUCUUUCGAUGUAUUUAUUGAUAUAUCGAAACAAAAUAUUGAUAUAAAUAUAUCGAUAUAUUUUAGAAAUUAUAUCGAUAUAUCGUCGCCAUCCCUACUGACGGCCAGCUGGUCAGCUGUUUUUUAAAGGUUAAGUUUGAAAUGUUUAUGUUUAUCCAUUUUAAAAUAUUCUCAAUUAUUAUAAUAAAAUGGUUCAGGGAAAUGAAAGAAGGUGUUAUGUAUGUAACCGAAAAAAAACUCCCGAACUAACUUUCCACAAGUUUCCAAAAAACCCUUCUGCUCGUGAACCCUGGUUAAAGUUCUGUAAAUUAGAGAUUGAUAUUGACUACGAAUACAUCAAGUAUAUAGCUAUAUGCUCAUGUCAUUUUACACCUGACGAUUAUUUAGAACCAAGAGCCAAGGAAUUGGGGAAUAAUUUAAUCUUGAAGCGUGGUAGAUAUCCUACAAUUAAGGCACCGAAACCCAAAAAGAGAUUGGCAAGACAAGAUGCAUCAUCAAUACCAGAAAAUAUGCAAAAUAGUGAACCUACUGUAACUAAACACAUUUCAACACAACAAUCACAGGUGAUUUUAGUGCAGCAAAGCAAUGUAUCUACUUCUUCACAACUGCCGCAAUUACAACCUAAACCAAAAUUACAUCGGAAAAUGCAUCAUAUACUACCAAAAUCUGAUCAUUCUCCACAGCUUUUAAUAUAUAACACUGUCCCAGUGUUACAAGUAGGUACAAUUCCAACUCCACAAAUGCCACAAAAAUCUCCCAUUUCAACUCCAACAGUGCCAAAUGAAUGUAAGAUCAAAAUUGGAGCUACCGUGGUCAGCAGCAGCGAACAACCAAAGAUACUCCCUUUCAGCACUCUAAAGGGGCCGCAUGAUAGAUUACCCAGAUUCGUGGGUGAUAUAACUAGUAAGCAUCUGAAUACUUUAGAGGACGCUAGAUGGUGUUUUAAUCUGGCAAAAACAAAAUUAUCUCAGCAGACAAAGAAAAUUAAAAUGCUGCAUCAAUCUAAAUUGAGGCUCACGAAAAAAGUUAAGAACUUGGAGGCUUUAGUCAAUGUUCUUAUGAAGAAUGAAAAUCCUGAUAAUGAGACAAUUGAAGUGAUACACGAAUAAGUACUUCCCAUAAUAUGAUUUUGUAAUGACGUUAACUUUCAA